CAUUGAUGGCAUGGCAUGCUGUAGAGUCAUUUUGACACAUAAACGUCUCUGCUGGAUGAGGUCUCAGAAGGCACACCAGGCAUCACCUCAACUGCAUGCCAUUGCAAUUGGCCGUUUUCUUCCUCUCGGCCCGUCUGAAUUCCUGCCUGCCGGCACCGAAUCGUUCGGCUGGCUAGCCACGGACGCAUUCAUGUCGACACGAACUUCACCAGUAAAGGAACGCACUCGCACGCAUGUACGAAUCAAAAACACGAGACUGAACUGAUUCACAGGCAGAGCAAAAACGGUAAACCACGCAAGCCCCACAUCCGUCCGUCUACAUGUCAUGCUGCCUGCAGACAUCCCAGUCUCCUCCACUAAAUGAGCCCCUGUGUGCUGAACAGGACGUCGACCUCACACACCUGCCGCCCGUCAGCCAUCCGUCUGGGGUUCGCAGAGCGGCGUGGCGGCAAUCAGGCUUUUGGCAUAGUCGGGAUACUCCGCAGCCGCCACCUCUGCCUCGACACACCGCAUCUCCUGCUCCGUCAUCUCGACCCUCUCUGCGAGUGACCGCUGCCCGGCAGUGUCGCGGCCCAUGCCUCUGGUGUACUCGAGCAGAUUGUGCCUGGUUUGUCAACAUAAUCACAUGGACACAGUCCUAUCAGGCCAGAUGCAUCUGUGAAGGCCAAAGCGGACUCGACGAAAUCAUUCUUGAGUUGGGCCACCGCACCACUCAACUGACGACGGCGGACGCCCCUCUGCACACACGGCAGCACGGGGAUAAUGUGAAGCGAGCCCCUCCUCUCCACCUUCUCACGCACCUGUAAGGCAGUCUCGUGACACAUGCGCUCGAUCAUCGCGCUGACGCCCUCUAUCGCCUUGACCUCCCAUUCGAUCUCCUUGCGCCACUCGUCGCGGGACAGCAUCUGCCGCAUGCCCGAGACCGACUGCACGAGACGGAUCUGAAUCUUCCUCGCCAGAGAUUCGUCGAUCGCCGUGCCAAGCUCCUCACCUCGAGCAUAGCCGAAUAGUUUUUCGGCCGCCGCCUCCAUGGCACCUAGCACCACCAUAAGUGGCGUGGGGAUGCAGUAGAAGCCGCCUGUGCUGAGCAAGGGAUGGGGCACCCUGCAGACUCUCUUGCGCCAGAACACGUGUUCAACGUCGCCUCUGAUGGCCCAGUCGAGCGAGUGCUCAUGACGAGGAGGGUCGAGAUGAUCUUGGAGAGGAUGGCGGCGGCCCUAUCCGAGCGGCCAUCUGGCGAGGCUGUCUGGUUGCCGUGUGUGGUGAAAGGCACGAGUUGGUAGCUGGGAUAGGUGACGAAGCCACCAGUGCCGGCAGGGGGAUCGCGCUCCCCGUGCCCUGCCGCUGAGGGGCGUGAGGUGCUGAACAGACUGACGAGGCAAUAGACGCGGUCGGUUCCGAAUGUCGCCAUCUUCACCACGUACGCGGAAAGCAGCGUCCCUGGCCCAUAGCCCUCGAUCUCAGCCAGAAUCGCCCGCUGCAUCAGCCGCUGCUGCUUGAAGAAGCUCUCCUCAGUCAUCCAGCCCAACAGAUAUUUGACUGCAUGACAGCGCACUGGAGGUACCUAAAGACAUCACAGUGAUUGCCACUCACCAUGGCGGGCCAUCGCCAGCAAUGAUGGUCAUAAGUGCGUGUCUUACUUGACGGCAUAACGAUUCCCGCGCAGAGACAAUGUGUUAACGUAGAGCCGCCUGCCGCGCUCACACAUGGCCUUGGUGUGCUGCCCCCGCUGGACGUGCUGCUUCAGACACUCGUCGCUGCAGUAACGUGGGCUGACCUCAGGCACACACCGACCGCACUGGCCGGGCUCUGGCGCCUUCUUUUGCCGCACACGUGCUGGAUCUGAUGUUGAGGCGUCCAUUCGCACCUUGUAGCCGGCCAUCUCACUGGAGUUGAAGGGAAGUCGGCCGUCCGCGGCGCUUGCCGUGCUUGUGGCGGUUCUUGACUCAUUGCCGAUGAACAUGCCAGCGAAACGAGCGGCUGCCGGGGCUUCAUCACCUUCGUCGAUGGGUCUCGACAUCGUGUGGGAGCAAGGGAGUAGCGAAAAUCUCCCGGAUGACGAUCCUCCUCGCUAAGCUCGCAAUAGCAGUUCGAUGCGGCAUUCAUCGCGCUCUCUGCGCAUCAGGGCCUCCUUUGUGUGCUUCCCAAGGUCGUCAAGGCAGCAAUGGAGAUCUCUGG